UUGCCGACCUGCCCAUUAAAAAUUGGAAGCAAGUUACAGAAACAUACCAUUAUUGAUUUUCAGGCGCCAGGACGUGCGCUAAUACCAAGACCACCGGAAAUCCAAACAAUACCAAGCAGUGCAAUGAACAGCAUAAGGAUCGCCUCGGACACACCGUCAAUCUCCCCUCGACUGGCUCAGCGAACAGCCCCAUUACCACCACAUCCCCUACCAGUUGGCGCACGAAUAGCUGCAGUUGCCCCAUUGAUGAGCAAUCAGACUAGUACACUGCCGGUUAAGCGUCGCCCUGGUCCAAGCUCGGAUAUAAUCACCUUGAGUGACGACGAACCUGGUCCAUCAGCUGCAAAACGUGCAGCUCCUUCAUCUCUGCCAGUCGCACCAUCACCAUUGACUCUGAAAAAGCCUACUGAUAGUGCUAAUCGAUGCAAGGUAAGAUUUGUGAUGCUGGAAUGCCGUCUGCUCAAAUUCAGUCACUGCAUGAGCUUCACAGGAAUGGCAUGGUAA